AUGUCGGGUGGUGACAGGAGAAGGAGGAAUGAUGAUGAUGUUGACGAACAAGAGGAACAGAAUCCAAUUUUGAGAAGGGAAGAAAUUCUACCUGAUCCUCAGGAAGAACAAGAAAAAAUUGUAAUAACCACUGAAGACUCGGUGAUCACCAUCGAUGAGUCUUCCUCUGGUUCUGGUUCUGGAGCGGGAAUUCAAACUGAAACUGGAACUGGGACUGGGACUGGAGCUGGAACUGGAGCUGGAAUUGGAGCUGGAACUGGAGCUGGAACUGGAGCUGGAAUUGAUUGCAAUAUACCCGGGGAAAUGCCUGGAGUUGUCAUAAAAAUUUUAUUCAACGACCACCCGUCAGUCAAGAGAAGUAUCAGCAGAGGAGAGCAAUAA